AUGGCGGCCGCCAAGUCCGACGAGCCGAAGCUCCUCUGGAACCCCGACAAUGUCAAGGAUGUCGCCGAGUCGGUCGGCAUAUCACAGCUGAGCGACGAGGCUCUACGAUGCCUGUCGCAGGAUGUGGAAUAUCGCAUCGGCCAGGUCAUCGUCGAGGCGUUACGCUUUAUGCGCGCGUGCAACCGGACCACUCUGACCGUCCAAGACGUGUCGCAAGCGCUGAAGGUCCUCGACGUCGAGCCUCUCUACGGCUAUGAGUCGACCCGACCGCUGCGCUAUGGGGAAGCUAGCCUGGGCCCAGGCCAGCCCUUGUUUUACAUCGAGGACGAGGAGGUGGAUUUUGAGAAGCUCAUCAACGCCCCCCUACCCAAGGUGCCCCGGGACGCAAGCUUCACAGGUAUGGAUCCAACGUGUCUGGUGGGUUCCAUGGGGAGAUGGAGUUGUUUCCCGCUAACGAGACGUGAUCAACCAGCCCACUGGCUCGCAAUCGAAGGAGUGCAGCCCUCCAUCCCGCAGAACCCAACGACGGCCGAAUCACGAUCGCAAGAGCUUGUUCCCAAAGGCCCCGGUGCCAACCCGGCUCUGGCAGCACUUGCUGGGAAUGACAACGUCUCGUUCAAGCCCUCGGUCAAACACAUCAUCAGCAAGGAGUUGGUCCUCUACUUUGACAAAAUCCAGGCGGCAAUCCUGGACGACAAUCCCGACGAGGAGGUGCUGCGCCUGCGCGAGGCUGCCCUCGAAUCCGUCCGCUCCGAUCCAGGCCUACACCAACUCGUGCCGUACUUUGUCAACUUUAUCACCAACCAGGUCACGCAUCGCUUGGACGACACCUUCACCCUGCGCCAGAUGAUGGAGCUCACGUCGGCCCUGGUGGACAACCCCAGCCUCUUCUUGGACCCAUACGCAGCGGCGCUCAGCGCACCGGUCCUGACUUGCCUCAUGAGCCGCAAGCUUGGCAGUCCCAGCGCCACAGCCGCCGGGGACGACGGCGAUACCAGCCCGGAGGUCGUCGCAGCGGAGCAGUACAAGCUGCGUGAGCUGUCAGCCAGCUUGUUGGGGCAAAUCGCGCGCAACUAUGCGCGGAGCAAUGCCCUUCUACGGCCCAAGCUAACGCGUACCUGCCUCAAGUACCUGCUCGACCCGAGCAAACCAGCGCCGGUCCUCUACGGUGCCGUGUCGGGCCUUGCAGCAGCCGGCGGGCCAGAGGCCGUCCGGGUACUUGUGCUGCCCAACAUGAAGGCCGUCGAUGCAGCGAUUUUGCAGCCGCUACGAGAGCGCGAGACCAAUGGUGGCACGAGCACCAUCAAUAGACUCGACUACGAAAUGCUGGUCGGCGGCUUCGUCAAGGCGAUUCGCAGCAUCACUGCGGCGGGACAGGAAGAGGGGGGCCUUCUGGCGCAGGUGCAGAUGAAUGGGGUCAAUCACGAGACGAGCGAGCAAGAGCGGUCAGACCUCGUCGACUUCCUGGGGCCCAUCGUGGGCGGAAGGGUGGCUGACCUUGGAGACAGGCAACUGAACAAGGCAGUUGCCGAGGCGAGGAGUAUUGAGUGA